AUGGGUCGCGCCCUGGUGUGGCUCCUGGGUGGGCGGCCGCUCUGGGCAGCGUGCGGCCAGGCGUGGAGGGCGGGCUGGUGGCGCGCAGACGGGAUUGCAGCAAAACAGACAUUCAGCACACAGCGCCUUUCUGAACUCCAGGAGGGUAUUGAGGACCUGCGCACAGCCCUCACAGACCAGGAGAGGGCCCUGCUGGGCCUGCGGUCCGAUGUUGCUGACCUGCACACCAUGAUGGCGUCCUCCCAGGCGGAGACGACAACCAGCCUGGGAGAGCACAGCGCCUUGCAGACUGGCACAGCCAUGCAGCAGCCAGCCAGCGGGACAGCAGGGCUCGCCCCAGAGGCACCGCCCAUUCAGGAGGCCAGGCUUGCCAAACUGCAGGCAAGGGCCCAGGGGGGCAAGCAGACAGCUGAGGAGGCAUGGGGGCCGGGUGAGCAUCAGGAUGAGGAAUACGACCUGCACCCACUUGAGGCAGCAGGGGUGCCCUGCGGUGCCGUUUACUGCACCCUAAGGGUCAUUGAUGAGCAGGACUGGGGGUGGGAGUGGUACCCCCCGCCCAGCCUGGGGACGUGUGGGGACCUUGUUGAGGGCAUCAACUCCGAAGGUGCGCCAUUUGCAGUGUUGGAGACUGCACCGGAGCAGGUAGCUGCUGGAGGUGCUGUAGAUCGGUCUGUGGAUGGGGUGGUGGAUGGUGCAGGGGCGUGCAGGACUGGGCAAGUGCCCCGCCAAGGGUCAAAUUCCAAUCGUUUUGAAGGGGGCAUGGAGAAUAUGGAAAGCGAAAUGCAGCCGGAGAUCAACCCUGGCUGGCACAGCAGUCGCAGUACUGUUCCUGAAGUCAAAGCUGCAGGCAGCCCUUGCUCCUUACCCUCGAAGGCAAAUAUUUCUCCCAUUGCUGAGACUCCCAGAGGUGGCCAGGGAGCUGUCCAAUCGGCAAACACAGAUGCUGACGAUUUGACGCCUGACUCAAGGCAAGGAUGUGACAGAGGCGCAGUGAUGGCAGGGAUCGAUGGGACGUGCCCUGAUAGGAUGGACAGCAGCAGUGAAUAUGUGCUGCAUCGCAGGAGCUCUGGCAAUGCAGGGUCGAUCGCUGACUCGGUCUUUGAAAUGGCGAGCCGGACUGUGGAACGCUGGAAGGAUGUGCCAUGGUCUCAGGGUGACUACGAAUUCAGCGACGGUCAGAGCUGCUUUCAGUCGGAUGUUCAGGACACUGCCUCAGAUUCGGGGAGCCAGGGAGGAAAUGAAUCUGGUGCUGUGAUUGCCAUCAAGCCUCUUGAGGGGGGUGGCAAAGGCAGCCUGCCGGCUUCAGGUAUGCAGCCUGGGGACACGAGGACAGGUAGCGAAACUCCAAGACAAUGCCCACGCAUCAGUGGCCUGAGCGAAUUGCUGCCAUGGCACUGUGGCAACUUCAGGUGCGAUGAACGCACGAUGGACUCAGCGCGCAUGGCAUCCCCCAGUCAAUCGAGCGACUGCGGCGAGCACAAGGAGUCGAUCGGUGCGGAAGACAGGCCAUGGUCCCUCACUGGGGGCUACCAGUCCUUGUCCCACGGCAUGGCAGGGUUGCAGCACAGCGGUGUGGGUCGGUACUCGGCGUUUAUAAACCCGCUGUUUGUGACUGAGUCCACAGUGGGGACGUUCGUGGACGACGGGGACGAUGCAGCAUCAAACUGGAGCCAGUACCCUGACUGUGGCCCAGUCACCCCACGGGUGGAUCCAGAAGCCAAGGGUGGCAUUUGGUAUCCCCCCGUGUACAACCCACUAUUUGCCGACAUCGACAACGAUGGUGAGGAAGAGGAGGAAGAGGAAGAGGAGGGUGUGGAGCUGGGCAAGUUCCGGCUGCGUGGCCAUGACCGGCCUAUCGGGUUAGCGACCCGAGCCGUUUCCAUUCACACAGCUGUUGGCGCCCUGAAGCACAUGCAGAUCAGGAUGGGCGGCGGGACCACGGGUGCAUUGGGCCCGGGAUCCAUGAGUAUCGAUGCGAGGGUACCUAAUUCUUUGGCUGCUGCGACCAGGCAGCGUGGUGGCGACGCUCGUUGCAGAUUGGUUGAGCGGCAUUGA